CUGACCGUGAGUGUUUCUUGUCAGUAAAUACCGAUGGCGGCCACGGAUCCUCGGUCCUCGACUGACGGCGGACCGGCCAGCAGAGAGGGAGUCCCAGCCGGAGAGAGCAGCAGCGACCGAGGCGGUGCGGGUGGAAGUAGUGGAGAAGGGGAGCGCGAGCGAGACAGGGCCACAUUUGAAUGUAACAUUUGUUUGGACACUGCCAGAGAUGCGGUUAUCAGUUUAUGUGGACACCUAUUCUGCUGGCCGUGUCUCCAUCAGUGGCUGGAGACCAGGCCCAGCAGACAGCAGUGUCCUGUAUGUAAAGCAGGAAUCAGCAGAGAUAAAGUGAUCCCUUUGUAUGGCCGUGGCAGCUCAAGCCAGGAGGAUCCCAGAUUGAAAACUCCACCUCGACCUCAGGGACAGAGACCAGAACCAGAGAGCAGAGGAACAUUUCAGGGAUUUGGUGAUGCUGGUUUCCACAUGUCCUUUGGCAUCGGUGCCUUCCCAUUUGGCUUCUUCACCACAGUCUUCAAUACUAAUGACCCCUUUCACAGAGCAGAUCCCCAAGCCAACGGUAACCCUAACAACGGUAACCCUAACAACUGGCAGGACUCUCUCUUCCUGUUUCUGGCCAUCUUUUUCUUCUUCUGGAUCUUAAGUGUGUGAGAGAGAGGAGGA